AUGUCAUCGGAAGUCUUCCGCAGAGUGGGCCGCGGAGGUGCGGGCAAUUGGUACAGUAAGAAGGACAUUGAAGAUGCCGAGAAGGCGGCUGCUGAUCUCGAAGCGCAAAAGAAGUCUUCUUCCGGUUCUACCUCGCCAACAACCCUCGAGCGCUCCAUCACCGCACAAACCAGUCUCAGCAGCUCGCGAGCCGGUGGUCGCGGCGGCGCCGGCAACUUCUACGACGCCUCGGCAACCGACGCGGCCGCCGCCCAGCAGCAGGAGGAGGAGAAGGAGGCUGAGCUCGAGGAGCUGACGCGCGUCGUGACGGCGAGCAUCCAGCGGCCGAACCUCUCCGGCCGGCUGAGCGGGCGUGGCGGCGCGGGCAACUACAACGAUAACGCGGCGCGAAGCGCCCAGCAUCGACUGGACCCAGAGCAGCAGCGCAAGAUGAUAGAGGAUCUUAACGCGAGGGUGUUGCAGGAUGUGGAGGCCGGGUUGGCAAUGCCGAGACCGGCGUAUCAUGCCAAGUUUGAGCUGAAGCAUGAGAGGUUGGUGUCUGCUGAGCCUUGA